AUGUCUAACAAGACAUCCAAUGAAACUUCUACUUCUACAAGCUCUGCCAACCAACUAACAGAAACUAAUGCUUUACUUGAGGCCUUCAUUAAUAUCGUUUUGCAACAGAGCGGCAACCCCGGUGAUCACGACGCUGAUAAAAACGAAGAUGUAAUAAGGAGCGGUGGCAGCGACAAAUCUCUUAAGCAACAGAGAAGCGGCCCCGGUGAGAACGAAGUAACAACGAGCAGCGGCAGAGAUGACAAAACCACCGGGUCUUCGUGGGUCCGUUUACGAAAGAAGCUGAGGCUUACCAAGAAGAAGGACAAGCCAGGAGAGAUGGAGUCACCUGGCGAAGUAAGCAAGCAGAAAGAAAUGGGGCCACUUAGCGAAGGUUUCAUCAAUCCAAAAGAUGAGAUUAAAAAGUUGGAGAGCAAUCUUAAACAGAUGAAAACUGACUUGAAUGGACUCGGACGAUACCAAGAAGAUUUUAAGGAAAAGAUUCAAGCUCAAAAAGAGCGCAUCGAGGAUAUCUUUAAAAAUAUCAAAGAGAUGAAAGAACAGUAUUCCCAAGUGGACAGACGUAUUGAUCAUUUAUUUGGCAAAAAGCUCUGGGAGAUCAACAGGGUGAUGAUGAAGUUGAAGUACCUAAUUCCGUCGCCCUCAUCUACUGACUACCAUGAUUAUGAAUCCCAAAAUACCGAGGCAACUCGUGUUCAAGUUGCUAUCGAUGAAUUUCUCAGCUUACAUUCCAGCGAGAGCUUUACAGAGAGCUCUUUAUACAAUGAAAUAAAAAAUGUCUAUGAUCAUGAAUUAGAAGAAAAAGAGAAGAAGUGUUUGUUGUGUUUUGCAGUGUUUUCUGAGAACGAAGAGUUGAAGAAGAGAGUGCUGACGUAUUGGUGGGAAGGAGAGGAAUAUUUGACCACUAACGAAAAAUACUUCACGAUUGAAGAUGCUGCUGGAAAAAUUCUUGACAAAUUCGUGAAGAAACACUUGGUUGAACCGGUGUAUAAGAAGCGAAGGCCGACCGCUAAAGGCUACAAGAUGCAGCCCUUAAUUCGGUCUGUCAUUAUUAACCUCGCCGCCAAGGAAAGCUUCUUUGCGUACGAUGCUCGUAGGAACCUCAAGGCAAGAUCCCCUAAGUGCCGCAAGAUAUGCUUGGUGAAAAAUUGGAUGGAUCACAAUAAGGCGAAGGAACUUGCUUCCUCUUCGAAAUUGCAACCACAACAGUCGUCAAAGUCAGAAGAUCAGAAAGAUGAGAACAUUGGUUCCUAUUCCAAUGUGCAACGACAACUGGCGCCAAAAUCAACCUCUUCGAAUUCGCAACAACAACUGGCGCCAAAGUCAAAAGAUCAGAAGGAUGAGACAAAAUAUCCGAAAGAUUGGGAAACUCAACUGGAGACAAUAUUCAACGUGGACGAGCCAUUUCCUGAUCAUCAAUUGAAUGGGUUAGCUAGAGGCAGAGAUAAAGAAAGUACUACUGACGAUGGAGUAGACCUCAAAGGAAAAGAAUGGUUAUCGAAAAUGAAAGCUCUAAAAGUUCUUUACGUGGGCACUUGGCGAGCCUCGGGUAACCAUCAUAUCCAAGUAGAUAGUAUUGAAUUCUUAAAAGCUUUGAGUAGCAUGCAUUGUUUAAGGCUUCUUAGUCUUCAGGGCAUCUCCAGAAUCAAUGAGCUAACAGAUUCGAUAAAAACGCUUACUAAUCUGACAGUCUUAGAUCUUAAAGGUUGUCAAAAUCUGGAAAUGCUUCCGAGAGAGAUAAAAUAUCUAAGGAAUUUAACUCACUUAGAUGUAUCCGACUGUUACAUGAUAGAGCACAUGCCUAGAGAGUUGCGUCAGUUGACCAAUCUUCAAGUUUUGAAGGGGUUCGUAGUUGGGAAGGAUAAGCAUUUAAGUGGAAAGUUUUGUGCUUUUGAUGAUUUGGCUCGCAUGAAGAAUCUGACGAAAUUGAGUAUUUUUAUAAGUAGGGAAGAUUUCCCCUCUGGAAAGGAUUUUCAGACUUUUGAAAGUCUUGACGGGCUUAAGAAGUUGAGUUUGUCAUGGGGAGCGGGUAGUGAAACUAAUGGUACAAGUUCUAGUACUACUUCUCCUUCAGGAGAAAAAAAAAGGACUAAAUGUUUUGAUAUAUGGGGUCGUUCUACUCCUUCAGGGGAAAAUAAGUCAAUAGAAGAAAAACUUUCUAAAAAUCUUGAGAAGCUUGAUUUACAAUGUUACCCUCAUGAGAGUACUCCCAGUUGGUUGGUGCCUGGGAAAUUGGCUAACCUGAAGAAGCUCUACAUUAGAGGAGGAAAUCUCGGAGGUGAUCUUGGGUACUCGUCGUUCAAGAAUGGGUAUGAGAGCACGAUGAUCGCGUGGAAGUUCGUUGAAACGCUGCGUUUGAAGUUCUUGGCAGGACUGAAGUUGGAUUGGGAAGAAAUGGAAGAGUUCUUUCCUAGGUUGAGUUACUUGGAGAAAAUUGAUUGCCCUUUGGUCACUAUGUGCCCUUGUGAUGCCGAUGGAGUUUGGGUGAAGCCGCUCGAGCUUCCUUCUAGUCAUAACCAGUCUGAUCAUGAGCAAGAGAUCCAGGAACAAGAAGGUAAUUAG